UCGUUACAUAGUAACUAGUUCUCAUCACAAACUAAUCCUUGUCUUUAGUGAUUUCGCUCUUUUUCUUCUCUUUUUCCCUUGUUUUCUUACCGCACUUCUUCACUCCUUGGUGACUGAGGAUGUGUUCUUUUUAGUUGUUUGUCUUUGUUUCAGGGUUCUCAACUUGAUUUUGAGAAAAAGUUUCAAUCUUUGCUUCUAAGGGUGUCAGAUUUUGUGAAGAUUUUGAUCAGAGAAGUUGUUGAGCUUCUUCGCCGCAAUGGAAGGCAAGUUGUCAAAGAGAGGUAUGCUUCAAGGUAGGGGUCAUUUUGGUGGUUCUGAUUUGCCUAGAUCAAUGCGAGUUCGUCGAAAAGAGAAGCAUCCUCAUUCCAUGAACCAACAACAUAUUCAUCAUUGCCAAAGGUCUUUAGUGCACUCCUCAAUUCAUGAUGGUUUGCCUCUUACAAUGGGAUCCUUCCAGAAGUGUGAUCAUCAGAUUUUGUCAAUGACUGAGUUUAAUCAAAGGGGUAUACACAAGACCUCACCAAGUGAUGCAAGUUUAGUCGAAGAAGGUGUUGAUGGUCAUCAUGAAGCGGGUAAAGGGAAAAAAAGUACUCCUUGGCAGCAGGUGAAAUGGACUGAUAAGAUGGUAAAACUUCUAAUAAUGGUCAUGUCUUACAUAGGUGAGGAUGCAACUUCUGACAACAGUAGCAAAAGAAGAAAAUUUACAGUCCUACAAAAUAAAGGGAAAUGGAAAUCCAUUUCUAAGGUCAUGGCUGAAAGAGGUUACCAUGUUUCACCUCAACAAUGUGAGGAUAAAUUCAAUGACCUUAGUAAAAGCUACAAAAAGCUUAAUGUUAUGCUUGGGAGGGGAACUUCCUGUCGGGUUGUUGAAAAUCCUUCUUUGUUGGAUUUGAUCGAUUAUCUUUCCGAGAAAGAAAAGGACCAUGUUCGAAAAAUAUUGAGCUCCAAACAUCUGUUUUAUGAAGAGAUGUGUUCUUACCAUAAUGGUAAUAGAUUGCAUUUACCCCAUGAUCCAACAUUGCAACAAUCACUGCAGGCGGCUCUUCAAAAUAGAGAUGACCAUGAUAGUGAUGAUAUCAGAAGAUCCCAUCACUAUGAUUAUGACAAAGAUGAUAUAGAUAUGGAAAGUAGUGAUCAGGAUGACUUUGAAGAGAAUUAUGCUUCCCUUGCAAAUAGUAGAGGAGUCUAUGGGGCAACAAGGCAACCUUUGAAGAGAUUAAAAACUGGGCAAGGACAAGUAGAUGUUGCUACUUUUGGGAGUGCUUUAAACAGUAGAGAGUACAACAAAAUUUCAUAUUCUCCUGUAGUUCAAUCUGAUGGGAAUCAAGAUUUCCUUCCAAAAAUGAGAGCAACUUGGUUACAAAAGCAAUCGGUUGAAUCUCGUUCACUUCAGUUAGAAGAGCAGAAGCUACAAAUUCAAGACGAGAUGUUGGAGCUGAAGAAACAAAGAUUCAAGUGGCAGAAUUUUAGUAGGAAAAAAGAUCUCGAGUUAGAAAAGUUGAAGCUAGAGAAUGAAAGAAUGAAGAUUGAGAAUGAACGUAUUGCUUUAAAAUUGAAGCGCCAGGAAAUUAGUGCCAACUUUAACUAGGUUGGUUGUAUUACUUUUUUUUUUUUUGCAAAAGCAUUUGAUGCACAAUGGCCCUUUUUUUCCAACUAUGUUUGAUAAGUUGUGUUUAUGUAGUUGAAAGUAUACAUUUUUAUGGGAAAACUUAUGAAAGAAUGAAACCCCCUAGCGCUAUUCAGAUUUGAGAAGUUGAAAAAUCUAGUGGAUGAUGGAUAGAGAUUUAUUGAU